GAGUUCAACGAUGAUGAGUCUGAUGAUGACUACUUGGAUGAUUUCGCCAGUCCUUGUUCUCCUUCCGUGGCUGCUCCAUCCUACGCGUAUGUCGACAGUCCGGUAUCCGACAACGGUGAUGGCUCAAAGGAAGAAGGCUGGGACGCUGAUGACGAAGACGACGAAAGUUCGGCAGGGGAUCGUGAUCUUGUUGUUGCUCGAGCCCUCAACUUCGACGCUCGCCCCGAAUCUCCGUUGAAGUCGUUCUUGGAUAUGUCAGCUGAGGAUUCGGACGAGGAAGACGAGGAUGAAUAUCUCUUGUCUAACCGCAAAGCUCUCGUUUUCGAUGAUGAGUUUACGGGUGACCAGGUCUAUCGGAAUCGGGGUGCUCCAGACCUCAUGGAGUCCGUGCUCGACAAGGCUGACAGGGUAUCGCGCUCCGCAUCAAUCAGCGGGCACUCAUCGGAUUCGGAAAUCAUCUCCCGCACAGAUGAGCUGUUCGCCGUAAUGCGGUUCCAGCAACAGCACCCUCGAGAAUCCAGCCAACUUCUGCUCGACGACGUCUUCAACCCCGACGUCCGAGUGGAUCUGUUCACUCACCCUGAGCCGGAAGAGCAUCCGUACACCGCCCAGGACUCGUAUAUUCUCCCAACGAACUCGGCUACGCAGCAGUUCUACGCGUGUGAGAACCCGGAUCACUUCCCCCACCUCCAGUACGAACACUGCUGCACGAAGUCUGUUCACCCGUACCAAAACCACUCGUUCGCGCCGUUGCCACCGAAGAGCCAGCCCCAGGAAUCAACUUCCUCGCUGCCCUCGUCGAGGAGGAGCACUCGGAGCACAGCAGGUCGCAUUGUUCGUGGUCUCACGAAGAGCCUGCGCGGCGCUUUGGCGAAGGGUCCCAGCAACACCGGGAGCGGGGACGGCAAAGGGAAGAAGAGGAUGAGGUCGCCUGAUUUCGAAACCCCCACUGACUCCUCAUCCACUUCUCUCCUCCCGCCUUUCCGUCUCAAGAGAUCGAAGAAGUUCUGAAAUGUCAUCAUGUUCUUUAUGCCCUCUGUACGUCGAUAAUGCUGGCUCUGGUAAGUAUGUAAAUAAGUCUGGUACCUAUUUUCCCUAGUUUCUGAGCCCUUUCCUGUCUUUUAUGUAACAUUCCCUUUACAUCACUCAUUCAACCAUUAAUGCAUCGGUUCUUAAUGUAUAUAUUACUAUGUGGCAUGAAAAUAUGAC